CGACCUGGCGAUGCCUCCCCUGGUCCAAUAGCGCGAGACUACCUGCGUUGGCCCCGGCGGCUCGUCAAACGUCAAUCGUCGAGAUAGUGCGGGCUCGGCUGCUGCUUGAAAGCAGGGCUGCGGGAAGGGAGAGGGGAGGAGCCGGGCGGCUGGAGAGAGAGAGGCGCAGGCGAACGGGGGCUCCGCAGUGUUGGCGGGUCAGAGCCGCUGCUGGAGCCGGCCGGAAACGGAGCCCAGGAGGUUCCAUCAUGCGGCUUGUGCUGCUAUUUGGAGAUGUUGCCAUGGCAGCAAGCGUUUAGCAAACUGACCGAGAGAGAAAAUAAAUCUUUCAACUCCUACAAUCUGGGGUGGACCGUAGAAAAAGAGAGAGGAAGAAGGAAGUUGGGAUCCCAAUUACAUAGAGGCGAUGGCUCUCUACUAUGAUGAAGAUGACGAUAGGGAGUAUUAUGAAUUUGAACCGCUUCCAACGCUUCUGGAAGAUGAGGAGAAUGUGUCCCUUGCUGACAUCCUGUCAUUACGAGAUAGCUGCCUCAGUGAACAGGAUAUCUGGGCAGCCUGCCUAGAAUGUUGCCUUUCAAUGAAGAGCAUCUCCCACACUCCACUCUUUCAUACUCUCUGUAUCACCCCAGAUACGUUGGCUUUCAAUGCUAAUGGGAACGUUUGCUUCAUGGAGCAGCUGAGUGAUGAUCCAGAAGGUGCCUUUGUACCCCCUGAAUUUGACAUUACUGGCAAUACCUUUGAGGCUCACGUCUAUUCUCUGGGGGCUACGCUAGCUGCUGCAGCUGAGUAUGUGAUAGAACCAGAGUUAGAACCAAAUCUCAGCCAAGAAUUAAGAAGCCUUCUCGAUCAAAUGCAGCAGGAGAAGCCCGAAGCCAGACCAGAUAUUGAGUGUAUUGUCACCACGUGUGAAGAAAAACUAAAAUGCUCCUCCUCAGAUAGCAUUUGCCGUAAUCUCUCUGCCAUAGGUCGAAGAGUACUUUCAAUUGAAUCUGUCGGUGCUUUCCAAGAUGGAUGUGAAGAGACCUGUAACGAGAAAAAGCGUCAGGAAGGUGUCGGUCAUGAGCUGCAAACAAGUGAAAGAAACCCAGCAGAUGGUUCAUCGAGCACUGAAGACCUGCCGUAUGACGUAAACAUGCGAAACAUUGGAACAAUGGAGGUUAUUUGCAAAACGAAGAAACGUAUGCAUGACCUAGGUCCACAUUCAACCAUUGAAGGUGAUCAGCCUAUCCAGCAAUGUUCAGAUGACAUAAGUUCAGAAUUGUGCGAGAGACAGGAACCAGUGCUCGUUGUGAACCCUGCAGUGAUAACUGCUGAAAUGAAUACCAAAGGCUGUGAGGCGGACAGGAUUUCAUCUAUUCCUCAAAAACGCUCAACAGCUAGGAAAAGAAUACUACCGAAACUACCGACAGAAUUGGUGGGCAGUUCUCAGCACCUUCAUCAAUCGAAAGUGGAGCUUGGCAGAUCUGUCACAUCUAAUCAUUCUCCAGUCUCAUUUUCUGAUAUUACUGCAGAUUCUUUGCCAUCGGUAGGCUCUGUCAAAAUAUUGAAUGUUACAGACUGUCCUCAGAACAUACAUUUGAGAACUAAGAAUACUGAUGUUAAUUUCAUUCCAAAGAACAGUCUUCCAUCAGAAAGGUUAAAUGUGGACAAUUCAAGUGACAGGACUCAGAAAGUCUCCAGUAUAGCAGCAAUGAAUAGGAGUUCGCCCAAGAGUUGUAACUUAAUUUUUGAUGAAAGCAAAGAACGCACAUUAAAAUCCCCCUUCACAUUCGGGAAAAUGUCUUCCACUAAAAGUCUCAAAGCUAAAAUCUCAGCAUUAUCAUUUACUUCAGCAAGUGUGAACAGCCAAAUGGAUUCUCUUGCUUCCAGUGGACUGCUACUAGGCACAAGAGCUGCAUUUGGAGACUGCAGUUGUAAGGCACCAAGAACUGAAGCAACUGAUUUGCCUUGCAUGGCUAGUAAGCUUUUAGAUACUGAAAGAACUGUCAACUGUACUCAGAGAAAUAAUUUCAAACAAAGCCGCUCUCAAACUGUGAAUGAUUUAUCAAUAAAUAAUACCCUGCUAUUUAGCAAUGUCAUUCAACUUUCUCAAGAGGAUAAUUGUGAGCAGACAUCUCCGAUCAGAGCUGCUGAAAAUGAUCCUGCAGAAUUUCACUUUGAUGAACAGCAGUACAUUUCAUUAGAGGAGCUACUGGCUGAAGAUGAUAGACCCUUGAAAGAUCAAGAAUUGUGGGCUCUGUGUCAUGAAUGUUUGAUCAGUCUGCAACUCUGCAAAGAUUAUCCAGAAUACUUAUGUCUGGAGUCUGCCUACAUUGACACUAAUGGAGAAGUCUUGUUUGUAUCACCAAUGUGCAAUGGAAAUCUGGAUUCAUUCUAUUUGGCACCUGAAUAUGAAACACAAGGAGUGGUUACAGAAAAGGUUUGUGUUUAUGGCAUUGCAGCCAUUUUGUGGGCAGCAGCUAAGUACAAUGCUCCAAUAAAUCAGAAGUUACCAUUGUCCAGAAAUCUCAAGGAUCUGCUCUUGGAUAUGGCAAAGAGAAAUUCCAAAGAAAGACCUUCAAUUACAGAUGCACUGGAGAUUUGUAAUGAUUAUCUCAAUAAACGUGGGAUUGACAGUAGAGAGAUUUUGAUUCUGCUGAGGAAUUCUGUUGUGCAGAAUUACCACAGAAAAGGAACAGAUGUCAUUGGAUUGAACUUCAAAAUGAAGAAACUGGAAUUUUCAAAUUCUCCACUGGGACAUACAGAUUUGGCCCAAGAAUCCUCUCGACUUGGAUUUGUACCUCUUGCUAGUGACAGUAAGCUGACAGCUGUAAAAGGCCCAAUUCCUUGUCAGUAUUCUGUAAAGAGCAAGUCCCCUUCCAAACUUCCAGAGGCCUUCACUUCCCCAGCCACCCAUUUCAAACCUAUAAUACUCACAGAGCACAAAGAGAAAACAAGUGUCAAAGUAUCAAGUAAAACUGCAACAGCCAAACAGCUUGUUAAACCUCUGAAACAGGAGAACCAGGGAGCAAUGUCCAUGGAAGAUAUUAAAAAUGAUAUAAUUGUGGAAGCAUCUGCUGUGAACUUUAAAUGUUUUGAGAGCACUACUCACACACCAGCAUCUUUGGAAUCUUUGUCAGACCAGACUAAAAGCAGCUCAAUCCAUUCUGCCAACCAUUCUCCCACAGUUAAAAACAAAACGAAUCUAGCACAAACAAUUUAUUUGACGCACCAGAAAACAAGUUGUAACUCUGAUUCUUCAGCUGUUUCCACUUUUCCAACAAACAAUGAACUUCAAAACUCAAAAAUGGAGAUACUAACUUCACCACCUGGUCAAUCAUUUGUGCCAGAACAGGUAUCAGUUCUGCCGAACACUUCUGGAUAUGAGUUAAAUAGAGACUUCUCAGAAUCUACAGCACUUUCACACAGGGACUCUGGCAGAAGCAGUGGGAACUGUUCAAAUUAUAUUGGAUCACAGUUGCAGAACACAUCCAGUUCCACACUUGAUGGCAAUAUGGAUCAAUGGCCUAAGAUGAAAACAUACACUCUACUGGAACCUUCCACUAACAGUUCCAGUGAAUUUGUUAAGUUUGACAGUGUUGUCUCAGCAGUGCCAUUGUCUGAAGGAUGUGAUUUUGCACGGGAGUCAUUGGAAACUGAAAAUGAAAUAAAACCAUUCACAGCUGUUCCAAACAUUACAACAGAAAUUUCAGAAAAUGUCCACUUAACUUCUGCAUGCAUCUCAUCAUGUUGUCAUGACAAUUUAGUGGCAAUAAAUUCAUCAAGCCCAGAACCUGUCAGUCUUUUGCAGAAAGCAGUUCAGCUCAUAAAAGAAGAGUUUGCAUUUGAUGGUUACUUAGAGAAUGGUGAAGAAGCCCAUGUCAUGGGUGAGUACAUCUUAUCCUUGAAAAGUCUUAAGUUCAGUACAUUCACUAGUGCUAUAUCGGAGAAGUUUUGUGACCUCUACUGGGAUGACAAACUACUGGAACAGCUGUAUGAGGUAGUUAAUGGGAAUGCUCCACAUUCUACAUCACUGUCAAGAGCCACAACAAGUUCAAAUCCAGAUUAUUUUAACUUUGCACGACAACAUGCCAUGAAUAAAUACAACUCAGAUCCAAUGCAUGGGGAACAAAGAAGUAGUGAAGAUAACUGGGUGGAAGCAGUUGAUCUAGAAACCAAAGUAAUCUCCAGCAAACCUCAUUUACCAUCAACGCCAUCAUUAGAAUGCAAUACUUUGAAAGUGAAUGAUCUUUCUGAUUUACUGUAUUCAGUUAAAAGCAAGGAAGACCAGCUUAACAAAAAUGAUGGUGUAAUCCUUGGGCAAGAUAUCAGCAGUAUGCUACCUGAUGAAAACAACUUUGUAAAGGCUGACUCAGCUCAUUGCCAGGAAGUGGAACAUGUGACAAAACAUUUCCCUCAGGUGGAAGAUAACUGUCAUUUUUCUGGUGAAAGUUGUACUCCAUGUCAAGAUUUAAAGUUUAGCCACAGCAAAGAAGAGAGGAAUGAUAAUAUUGGCCAUUCAGCUGAAAUAUCUGAAUACCGAGUAUCUUUGCCUCUUCAGCAAACAGAAUCAAACAUGGGGAAAAGGAGAUGCAACCCAGGAUGGAGUAGUGCAUUUUUUGGGAGUGAGUAUUUUAACCAGCAAGUGAAGACCUGUAUAAAACAAUUGGGUCAACAUAACUUGAGUGAAGACAAGAACAUCGAGUCCAAAUUGUUGGAGAUUGAACAACAAUUGAUGAUGGAGACUAAGAAUUUCAGAAAAACUAAAAUAUUCUACCAGAAACUCCAACAACAGGAAAAAAGAAACAAAGGAAUUGAUGCAAAGUUGGUGCUGUCCAAACUGAAGCAACAGCUUGAAGAAAUGAAGCUGAAGAUGGAGUUCCUUGAGCUCGCAAAGAAAUAUCUUGAGGUGUUGCAAAUGGAGCAAUGGGGCCUAAACGCCUCUGUUCUUCCUUCACUGGUUGCUUCUUCGUGUCAGUCAGAGACAUUAAAUCUCAGAUCAGCUGAUACCAAUUCCAUCCUCACCUUCCAUUCUUUAAAAGGUGAUCAGAACCAAAGCAGGGGCAGAACACAAGUACUUCAGGCUGGAACAGCAGUAGGACUGAUGGCUUAUCUCUAUAGCAGAAAUGCAGUAAUAGAAGGCUAUGUCCAACAGUUUUUUUAUACUUUUCGUUAUUUCGCAUCACCUUGUGAAUUCCUUCAGUUUCUGGAAGAUAGAUACAACAGUGUCAGUGAUUUCAGUGUGAAUCAAAGAAGUUCAUCUGACUCCAUAAAUGUGUAUAACCGAAGUUUAGAUCUUCUUCAGGCCUGGAUUGAAGAAUGCUACUAUGUAGAUUUUGGAGAAGAGACUGAAGUUUUACACAUGCUAGAAACUUUUAUUUCCUCAAAGGUUAUUCCAUAUGACAGUCGAGGUCAAUAUUUAGUAAGUAUACUUCAAAGCUUCUCUGAGAAGAAGAAGGCCUAUAAGCUACCUUAUGACAUUGUCAUGUUGGAGGAUUUGAGGAAUGAAGAGUAUAACCAAUCAGUUCAUUCGAUGUUCAAAAAGGUUUUGGAUGAAGAUGUUUCUAGAAAGAGCUUUAAAUGGAAGAUUAGUAAACGUACUGAACCUUCAAGCCCUCACCAGAAGGAAAAGUCUUACAGCAUAGCCACUGCCCUACCAAAGCCCUACUAUACCGGCUUUGUAAGAGAACUGUCAGGAGAUUACCAGAAAGUUGAUGAGAAAAGACUUUUCAUUUUGGCUGACUACAGUCCACAGCAUCUAGCCCAGCAACUGACUUUGCUGCAACAGGAAUUGUUUCAAGAUGGCCACCCUGUCCAUUUUCUGAACUCAAGAGCUUUUGGUAUUAAGGGCAAACCUACAACAGUGCUUAAACCGGUUUCUGCAGAAUCAACAUUCACAGAGGGCAGCAGUUUGUUUGUGCCAGAUUGCAGACAACACCAGUAUCUUCUGGACCUGAUUAGGUAUGCAGGCAACGUUAGUCACUGGGUCUCUGCUGAAAUUGUCACAUGUGAUACACCCAAGGCACAAUGUGCACUACUAUCAAAAUUUCUAUCAAUUGCAAAGCUUUGUUAUGAAUUCAGAAAUUUUGCCACAGCCAUGCAGAUUCUUAAUAGUCUGGAAAGCCUGAUAGUGCGCCAAUUACCUUCAUGGAAAAGCUUGUCCUCAAAGGCAUUGGAAAUCAUGGAGGAACUGACUGCUGUACAGGUUUUCUUGAAGAGUGACAGUCUGUGUCUGAUGGAGGGAGAUAACUUCAGGAAGCCAACAAUACCGUGCACGCAUAUCUUAGCGAUGCACAUCCAACAAAUAGAAAUAGGUGCUUUUACUAUGGCUAAUGGCACUUACAAAUGGCCAAAACUGAGGAAAAUAGCCAAGGUGGUCAGUCAAAUACGUGCAUUUCAAGAAAAGCACUACAUGUUCAUCCCUGAUGUGGAACUGCAGGCGCAUCUAAGGCAACAAAUAUCUCAUUUCAGUGAAAUGGAUAUCCAUGUUCUUGCUGCAGAAAACAAGACUAAUUUUUACCAAUUGCCAUCUGAAGGGCACUCACGCAAGAUACAUGAUACACUUCGUAAGGUGAAAGCAACCUUUCAGUAAUACAUUCAAACUAUAUACCUAUUCUUCAAAAUGAACUUCCAUUUCUUUUGUUUGGAAGACUAACUGGCAGCGUCUUUCUGAAUGUUCCAUCAACUUGUAAAAUUAGUAGAAAGAUAAAUUUAUAUAAUGAAGAAACAAAUAUUGCUUUUACACAUUCCUUUUAUGUUUCCUAAUAAUAAGUGAUAUGUUGGAACACAUUAUAUUGCACUUCUAUUAUCCAGUAAAAUUGUAUCUAAUUACAAGCACCAGUACUUUAGAAACUAAAUCAGUCUUUUUUUUAAUAUAGAAAAGCAAGUUCCAAACAAUUUAAAUUUAGUAUGUAUAUGCUUGCCUGAUAUUAUAUUAUUUUAUAAUUUAAUCUUGCUCAGGAAAUGUCUAAAAUAUAGUCAUCAGUGUAGGUAUCUAACUUUAUUCUGUCAAGGUCAAGAGCGUUAACUUUGGAAUGGUUUGGUGUGCAAAGCUUCCAGUCUAUGUACUGUAUAUUCUAUGUGAGACCCACAAAUGUAUUCUUUCAUUUCUUUAGUUGAUCCUUUCUGUACUUUCAGUUCAAAAGUAUCAACGGGAAUUUAUUUGGGUAGUACAUGUAAUGAAUGAUAAGUUGCUGAAACAUAACUGGAGAUUGCAACUUUGUGAGUCAUUCAAAGAUGUUGUUUGACAGAUGUAUUUUGGGUUUUUUUUGCUAAAUGCAAUGUUGGAAUUUUAUAAUGAAGUGAAGUUAUCUGUCAGAACUGUAUGUUAUUUGGACCCUAGAAUUUCAUUUUGCAUAUCAGCUUAUUAAUUUAUUUACUACGUGAUGUGAGAAUAUAUUGAGCAUAUUUUCCUUUGAUAAUGUACAAAAACUUGCUAAAACAAUUAACAAUUGCAUUUUGUAUUUUCUUUGCCACAUGAUAAAAUAUCACAGGAGAGUUUCUGCAUUCUGCACUUCUCCCACCUGAAAGAUUGGAAGGCAACUCGCUAUAAAAUCUCAAGCAGUGCUAUUAGGUAAACUGCUUAUAGGAAUGACAUGGAUCAACCAAGGGUGCAAUCACUGACACGUAAUGAGAUACAGUAGAUGGAGGGAACCAGCAGGGUCUCUAAGGUAGAUAAUGGCAUUUCAAUAAUAAUGGAUGGAUGGUGUUAUGGGGGUUUGCUGGUGAGGUGGAGAUUUACUACCCAACUUCUGUGAAAAUGUUCAUCAGGAUUGCCAUGGUGACCCUGCCUGAUAUAAAUUAAGCAUCACUUUAGCAUUUCAAAAUACCAGUGGUUCUCUUCCCACCUUCAGAGAAGUAUUCUCUCUCAACUCAGUGGGUCUACAGAGCAGUUCAAUUGGGAGAUUGUUAAAUGGGAAUUAUAAAUACAAAAUAAUGUUAAUCUGUUAUUUGGCAUUCACUCGGCUUCAGUGUCAAUGAAAUGUGCAGUUUCCUUAUACUUCUUAAAUAACUUCACAUUCAUUCUGUAACCAAAAAUAAAAUAAUUCACAUUGGUAUACAGUACCACAGAAGUCUUAGGAAAGCCAGAAUAAAAUAUUCUUGCAUAAUAGCUAUAGAUACUUGGACUUGAGGCCACGUUUAAAAUCUCUAACUUGAAUAGGGAACUUUAAGUUGAUUUCAGUGAAAAAGGGUUUGAUAUGGGUGGUGUAGAGACACAUACAAGUCAGGAGUAUGAUCAAAUACUCCUCUCUUGCCUGGAUGAGGGCAGCUUCAAAAACAUCCAGGAAACUCGAUACUAUCCAGUACAAAGCAGCCCACUUGAUUGGCUCCACAUUUACUUCCUCCAUCACCGAUGCUGAAUAGCUCAACAGCAGAAGCGUACACCAUCUACAAGAUGCACUGUAGAAAUUCAUCAAGACUGCUUAGUCAGCGCUUUCCAAAUCCACGACCACUUUCACCUCGAAGGAAAAGGGUAUAAGAUACUUGGAACAGCACCAACUACAAGUUAUCUUCCAAGCCCUUCACCAUCCUGACUUGGUAAUAUAUAUCCAUAGCUUCGGUGUCACUGGGUCAAAAUGAAACCAUAAGAUUGAGGAGAAUCGUAGGCCAUUCAGCCCAUCUAGUCUGCUUUGCCAUUCAGUGAGUUCAUGCCUAACCUGAUAAUCCUCCACUUUUCUGCCUUUUCUCAUAAUCUUUGAUUCCCUUGUUGAUUAACAAUCUGUCUAUCUCAGCCUUGAGGAAAUGACACAGCUCUCUGCAGUAAAGAAUUCCACACAUUCACCACACCUUGAAAAAAAGAAAUUCCUCCUCACCUCUGUCUUAAAUGUGCAACUCCUUAUUUUGAGAUUCAGCUCUCUUGUCCUGGACUCUCCCACAAGGAGAAACCACUUUUCUGCACCAAACCUGUCAAGCCCCCUAAGAAUCUUGUAUGUUCCAAUAAGGUUGCUGCUUAGGGCCCAAUCCAUUCAAACUCUCCUGAUCAGACAGUUCCUCCCUUCCUGGGAUCAGCAUAGUUGACUUUCACUAGCCUAUCUCCAAUGCCAAUAUAAAAUUAUUCACAAUAUUCCAGCUGUGGUCUGAUUAGUGCCUUAUAUAGCUUUGGUAAAACCUUUCUACUUUUAAACUCCAUGAAAUAAAGUCCAACAUUCCAUGUACCUUCCCAAUUACCCAUUAAAAUUGAAUAUUAGAUUUUGUAUUUCAUGCACAAGGUCUCCCAAAUUGAUCUGUUCGACAGCUUUCUCCAGCCUUUCCCCAUUUAAAUAAUAUUCACCCCUUCUAUUCUACCUGUCAAAAUACAUAACCUCACAUUUUCCCCACAUCAUAUACCACCUGCCAAGUUUUUUGUCCAUUCGUUUAACCUGUCCGUAUCCCUUUACAUACUCUGAGUGAUCCUUAGCACUUGUCUUCCCACCUAUUUGUGUCUGCAGAGUUGGCAACAGCACAUUCACUUCUCUCAUCCAGGUUAUUCAUAUAUAUUGUAAAUAUUUGUGUCUGUACUACUGUUUUCUGCAGCACACCAAUGAUUAGAUGUUGCCAUCCUAAAAAAGUCCCCUUUUCCCAACUCCCUUUCUUCUAUUAAUUAGCCAAUCUUCUAUCCAUAUUAAUACACUAUCUUCAACACCAUGGACUCUUACUGAAUAGAGUAAUGACUGUCACAUUGUCAAAUGCCUUCUGAAAUUCCAAAUAUAUUAAAUCCAGUUAUCUAUCUUGCUUGUUACCUCCUCAAAGAAUGCUGGUAAAUUUGUUCAGGUAUGAAUUUCCCUCUGCUAGAUCAUGUUACGUAUUUCUAAAUCCUGCAACUUCCUGCCUAACACCAUUGUGGGCUUACCUACAGAGCAUGGACUUCAGUGGUUCACCAACACCUUCAAAGGAGCAACUGGGAAUGGGUCAUAAACAGCGGCCCAACCAAUGACACCUUAAUCCCAUGAUUGAGUUGAAAAAAAACUAUUGUGAGUUCACACUUCUCCAGAACUGCAACAAAAUGUGUCAUGAUUCCAAUGUCAGACUACCGGAGAAUUGAAUAGAAUUUGAAUUAAUCCUUACCCAAGUCAAAGACAUACAUGAAUAAAGUUAAUAUUCACCUGAUGUAAGGUAUUUAGUGCUAUCCCACAACAUGAGUUGGAGGUGAUGGAGUGCGGCAGGUUUUAUUUGGUUUCCCACAAUGCCAAUUGAGUCAUUUAAGUGUGUAAUUAAUGUUCAGUUAAAAGCUGAUUGAAGUAUUCUUGUAUUCAACCAGUGGCAACAGGGCAUUGGCUGCACAAAAAGCUAUUGAAGUCCCUCGUUCAGAAGCCCUCAGAGCCUGAUUGAGGGAACUAGCUUUGGGAAGCAAGCAAGCAAGCAAGCCUGUACUCUUUCUUCUGACCUCCUUUCUCCGUCCUCCUUUGCUGACUCCUUUCUGCCAAUGCCUAUCUUGCCCUCACUUAACUAUGACCUGGAACCAUAGGCAAUUGUGUGCCUUUGGUAAUUGCAUUGCUGCAAUGGCCUGUGUUUGCCUAAUGGCACCGAUGGCAAUGAAGAAUUGCCAAGCUCUGAAUGGUUGACAAUUCUUGAGAGCCAGUUAGGAUUCCCACGAUGAAGAGUGCCCAUUGCUGGCCACCCAUGUUCCUGAUCGACACUUAAUAUAUACAUAUAUUUCAUUGUCAUUUUGUUUUACUUGACAGGGUAGAUGGUGAGAGGCUAUUACUCCUGCUGUGAGUGUGUAACCAGAGGGCACCACCUCAGGUUGAGGGGUCACACUUUUGGGAAAGAAAUGUGGAGAUAUCUUUGUACUCAGAAAUUAUUGGAAUUAUCGAACCCAGAGGCCUCUGGAUGUUCAAUCCUUGAGUAUAUUUAAAGAUAAGAUAAACAGAUUUUUUGGCUAUAAAGAGCCACAAGAAAUAGAUUUCAAGCAAAUGAGGCAUUGAGGCUUAAGAUCAGCCAUGAUCUUGUUGUGUGACAGAGUAGGCUUGAGCGGAGGUAUUGAUUGCUACUCACAUUUCUUAUUCUCUUUGGUUUGUAAUGUGAACUUGUCUGAGCUAGACAGCAAAUCAUGGCUCAGGUGAGGGGGCUAAUUGUACAUGCUUGACUGAGAGCUUAGACUCCCAUUAGUUUGUUGAAACAGAUGUAUAGAAGGGAAAACAUUGCUUGAUUGAAAAGUUUACAACUUGUUUUCGGGGACUGAGUGAUGUCACUAGUUCAAUGGUUACUUACAUAAGAUGAAGAGACAUUAGGUGCUUUAUCUUAUGUAAGUAACCAUUGAGUUAUGUCACUAGCUAUAUCACCGAAAAAAAGUUGUAAACUUUUGGUGCUUAUAAUUUUCCUUAUUGAUACUGUAACAGUCUGUUUGAUUGAUACUUUUAUAGAGAUGUAAUAAUAGCAAUUAUUUUGAAAGAAAGUUACGAAUGUCUGUUUUUUAAUCAGUUUUUUAAAAGGAGGGUGAUCAAUCAGAACAGACACAAUAGUUGAAACAGACCAGAUGAUGUGGCUGUUGAGAGGGCCAGAUUGUAUAAGUGAAGAAUUGUGAAGUUUAAUGACCUAUUUCAUCAUUAACAUACAGAAUCGAUGGGACCUGGCUUGAUCACAGUUACUACUUGAUGUGCAUUAUAUGGUAUUCAAUCACAGUCUAUCACCUAUAUGAACCAAAUGUUGAUUUUAGGUAUUUGGAAAAUAAUUGUAAAUGUUGAUUAUGUUACCAUUUUAAUAAUGUAAAAUUUAUUAUUGUUUGUUUGAAACCUUAGAAUCUUGUGGGUUUAUUCUCUUAAGUCCCCUCGAUUUAUACUGCUAUUUUUCAAGUACACAAAGUUGCUGGUCCUUAGCUAGAUUGUAACAAAUUUGUGAUCUGGUCUGGGAUCAUGACACAUGAAAUGCCAACCCAACUCUGAGCAGACAUGACUCUCAUUUCCAUGCUUGCUGACAAAUUUGCAUUCCAAAAAGAAAGACUCCAUCCCCUGAAGCGAAACCUAUGAGCCAUUGGUUGAAAAUUCCCAGCCCUGAAACACCUUUGGGAAAAAUUAGGUACAAAAACAGUAGUUGCCGGAAAUACUGAGCAGGUCUGGCAGCAUCUGUGAAGAGAAAAACUGAAUUAACAUUUCAGGUGCGAUGACCCUUCCACAGAACUUCAGAAUUUUUCCUUAGGAAAAAUUACUAACCCUAACCCUAACCCAUCCUUGUACACCUGUUGUUUAUUUGCAGCAAGUAAAAGGGAAAAAAAGUACAAGAGCUAGCAAAUUUGAGGAAAAAAAAUUCAAAAUAAACAUUUUAAAAACAGGCAAAUGAAAACAGUAAAUAUAUGCAUUAACGUAAAUGUUUAUACAUUGUGGCACUGAGUUUUCACUGGUGGUUGCACCAGAUGCGGAUAUUUAUUUGAUACAUUGCCAUGAAAAAUGGGAUCAAGAGCCUUCAGGCUAAGUCAGAAUGGCUCUGGAGUAGCAGUUUCAUCUCUAAGUUAUGAAGGUCAUGGAUUUAAGCUGCACUUCCAAGACUUGACCAGAUAACCUUGGUUGAUACUCUAAUACUUUAUUGGAGAGGAAAUGCACGACCAGAAAUACCAACUUUUAGAAGCUAUCAAACAGAGGUUCUGGUUGUCCUCAAACGUCGACAAGUUGAGUUCCAUAACAUCGUUUGAAAAAUAGCAGGUUAGCAUACAAACACCCAAGCCAAUAUUCAUCCUUCAAAAGAUCCCUGCUAAACAUUUCAGGUCAUUUAUCUUCUUGCUGUUUGUGACAUUUGUCCUGUGCAAAUUGGCUGCCAUGUUACCUAUAUUACAGCAAUGGCUGCCUUCAAAACUAACUCAUUGGUGUUAAAGAGUUGUGGAAUGACCCAAAAUCAUACAUGGUAUGAUAUCAUUGCAAGGCUUCCUUUCAAAUGUUGUUCAUUUGCAUUUCAAGUUGUGAAUUAGGAGAAACCGCAGUAAUACCCCUAAAAGGAGAUAAUAUGUACAAUCUAUGUAAAGUAUCAUGAGGUGAUAUUAUGAUGGCCCUCAUUUGUUGCAGAUCAAAUUGUGGCUGAUCCUAUCUAAACUGGGCAUUCAAGUUUGCAACAUUGUUCUUAAAUGUUACCCUGCUUAAAGAGGAAGGCAGCAUUGAUAGUGGAUGAAAGGCAUCGAGGCAUCUGUGCGAAUGAAUGUACUCUGGCAGAAGCUGUUGAAGGCAGCUGGGAAAUUCUUGGAUUGCACCAUACCCUGAGCAGAAUGGAAGUCCCAUAUCAUUAUAAAAUACUACUUAAAAUAUAAAAUAGAAACAUAUUGGUUAUCAGUGAAGUAAUUCAAGAAGGAAGAGACCCACACAUUGUUACUCAGUUGCAAUGACAACAUGGCUCCACAACACUGCUGCACCUCACAUAGUUCAAGAUAGAGCAUAUGCAGAUCUAUGUAACUAUGAGCUGUCCUCCAGGGUGGAUUCAACACAGUUACUGGCAAUCAUGAUGAUCAAUACCUUGAAUGUUCAUUGGCUGUAGGACUCUUCACAGAUCCCAUGGGACAAGGUAAACAUCAAUUAGCAGUGCAUUUAUACAUUUUGGUGAUUGAAGCUUUAUUUGAAGGAACAAAUGCUCAUGGAAACAAAAAACUCAAACCUCACAGUUUCUUCAAAUGACUAUAUCCCCCAAAAUGCCUUCCAGAUGUAAGUCAGCAUAACAUCAUGGGUUGAAGGGCCUGUACUGUUCUAUGUUGACCUUCUUUCCCCAGCCUAAAAGUGCGCCCUGCAGGAACUGCACAAAAUUGCACAAUAUGACUAUCUGGACUAGAAGUUGUAAGUUAAUUCCAAAUUACUAUGGGUGGCUCAUGAUAUCUUUAUUUGUCUAAUGUUUAAAUGUAUAAUAUAAUACAGCAUGAAACCAUUCUAACCAGUAAAUCUAUGCUGAUUUAGCUGAUCUCAUGUAGAGUAAAUAUUUGAGUUUUAAACCACCUUAUCCAAACCCCAGAUCUCUGGCUGGCUUUUCAGUAACCCCUCAAAGUAGUAACUUUAGAUAUUGUGUUUAAAAAAUUGAACUCAACUGCAUUGUCUUGUGUAUUUUAACAGAAUAUACUGUCCAGCUUAUGCACAAUGAAAAAUCACACACUUACACAGAACAUAAUCAAAAAGCGUCAGUCACACCAGGAGAUUGAGAACAAAAUCAAUUAUCUGACAACAAAAUUACAAUUAGUCAUUCUUCCAUAACUUUUAUUUGACCUUACAUUAAAGAUAUUCUUGUUUUCAUAUUAAUUUAUUUUUGGUUUAGUUCUCAUUGCAAGAAUGAUGCAGUGUGGUAAUGGUAUUAUUGAAAACACAACUAUGACAUCAGUAAAUGUGCUUUGUGGUAUGUUUGUUGUAACUAUAAUAAAUGAUCAGUGCUCGACACAUUUGUGAUUUUUAUACACGGGUUACCCAACAGAAAAUUUCAAUAUUAUGGGGCAUUUUUUUCUAAAUCAGUGGAAAUGGAACAAGAAAGUGAUUUAAAUGGAGGGGGUAGUUCCAUUUACCUUCACUCGUUUUUGUGGUAGGUAGAAAACUGCUGCCAGACUUCAAUGGAAUACUU